AUGAUGAAAGCAUUGUGCUUUUUCAGUGUAUGUUGGAUAGCAUCAGCGUUGGCUGAGAAUGCCGAAAGUGAAAUACUUCGGGCCAAGGCCAAGUUUAUGCAAGUGGGAAUGGAUGACACGGCCGACCCCUGCGAAGACUUUUGGAGAUACGCAAAUGGAAAAAGGGACCCCGGUGAGUACGAACAGGAACAACUAAACGAAGUGGGACGGAUCUUGCGUGUGUUCAACCCCAAACAUGUUGUAAGUGUAGCUGCGUUGCCAAAACUUAGCAGCUAUGGAAACAGAAGUACCUGCUGUGUAACCCUCGGUUUUUAGAACACAUCUCUGGAAACUGUUAAAAACCUGUAUACAAACUGCAUGGACAACCCGCAGUCUUUUUUCAAGCAAGUGCAAAACAAUCGGUCUACACAGGUGGAGGAGAUAGAAGCAGUGAUAUCGAAAAUUGCCAGUGGUGAGGCGACGAAGAGCCCGGAGACCUACUUGGCCGCCUUCAAGGAGGUGUACAGCCUGCUUUUUAAAUUCGGAAGCAAAUUAUUUGAUGAUUUUAUAAGCGAUAUAGUUGGAUUCCCAAUUUUACUGCUACCGCCACCAUUCCUCCUGAAAGGCUUUGUAAACGAAAACCCAUAUACAUUUUUGGGUAAAGUUACUGACGACACAAAUAAGUUUCUCAGUGAUAUAUUUGGUGCCAAUUUGAACCUUCGGAAUUUCACGUUUGUAAUAUACUUUCCAGCAGGCAAUAAGGUACGGUAGAAUUUAGAAAGAUGAUCCGUUUCAUCUUUUCCUAAAUAUUGCAACAGGCAAUUUUUAUUAAUUUCAGACCGACAUGAAGACCGUAUUGUCCAAGCUCUCUGCGGAACUGAGGAAGACACUGGAAGUGAAAGAAUUCGAGCGUUGCGAACAGUUCAUACUGGCCAGUUUCCCCUUCCAUUACGAGAAAAUUUUGUUCGAUUUCUGGGGCCUGGAGACAAUCAAAAAGGCGGACGCUCAAUACCGUGCUGAUCUUGGGGUCCUCGCAAAGACUGUGAACACAACCUUCAAGUUUAGCAAUGUCCUAAGCGAAAACAUGACGCACCUUCUGGAAGAAAGAGUGAAAGGGAACAGAUUCUUUGGUCUAGCACACCCUCUCUUUGAGGACGACAUGUUUUACAAACAUUUUUCGAAUCUUACGUUGAAUCUGCCCUAUCAAAAUAGGUGGUUAAAUAAGUGGACGCACGCUCUUAGGGCGGCAGAAGGAAAGGACUAUACAUUUAUGGCGAUUCCAGAACCUACGGUAAGGAUUUGGAUAAACGUUGUGAUACAACUCACAGGGGAAGUACUCCAAGUGUGACGCUCAGAUUUUGAUGAAACUUGGCACAAAUUUAGAAUAAUUUUUUCUAAGAUAUAUGCGAGAAUCCUAGCUCGCGCUUAGCAGAAACAGCCGAGGUUUUUAGAUCGAGAGUCGGCCAAAAAUUCAGGACUUUUUGCCGAAUUUCGGCACGAAAAGUUUCCUGCCUGUUUCAACCGUAAAGGGUAAUGUUUCUACAAAAAAACAAUUUUUCCGCACGAAACUGCGAAAGUUAUGGCCAAAAACCGCUUUUCUCUCUGACCGCUCUCCACGUUUAGGGUGCUCUCUCGGCGGCAAAAAUCGUUCGAUAUCUCGGCGGCGCCCGCAAAGCGCGAGCUAAAACUUUCAGGAAUUGAUAUUUAGUCCAUAUCCGACGUGUGUGCAAAAUUUAAAGAAAAUCUGAGCGUCACUUGGAUUACUUCCCUUGUAAGUUUGCAAUUCAAAAUAAGUUUCAGUUCAACGCAUUUCACACAACUCUCACUCAGUUAACAGUUAUUGACGCCCCCAUAGUUAAACCUCUGUUUUUUCACCCAUCUUUCUCGUCCCUCCUUCGGUUUUCUGGAACUGGGUUUAUUGUUGGUCACGAACUCGGCCACGACUUUGGUGAGUUAACAACUCAUUCACAUGAAGCUUGCUUUAUGCUUAGAUGAAAGUUUAAGACGCCUUUACAAAUUGGAUUCCACCUACACUCAAAUUUACGAUUGUUUAUAUGAAUACUACAAUAGCCAAUGCGAUCCCCAAAUGCCAGGAAGCUGCAUCGAUCCGAAGAACAACAUUGACGAGAACUUUGCCGAUGUCUUUGGCGCGCAGAUGGCCUACCUUGCCUACAAGCGUGACGUUGAGGUGAACGGCGUGGGAAGACGACCCCAGGGCAAAAUCUUAGAUGGCUUGAGUGAUGACCAAUUAUUUUGGUCAAUCUGGCACAAGGAAUGA